AUGGCUUAUCCAGGCAACCCUUGGGCCGGUAACGUCCUGCCACUCGAAGACGGACCAAAUUUUCCGCUCCUCAAGUACUCGCGAAAGGAACGCCGCGUCUUGUCAAACUCAUACGACGAGGCGGGGUUGGCGCACACCACCCCCUUACCCGUCAACACGUUCGUCGAGAACGUCGCCCAGCGCAUCAAGAAUGCCGGUCAGCACGUCGCAAAAGUGGAGACAAUUCCGAAAGCGCAAAACGUCGUUGCGAGAGAUACAAGGACACGAACGAGAGAUGUGGAGAGGUGUGGUCCGCUGGAUCGCGCCACCCGAAUCAGCGGUUCUUCUCUCGCAAGAAGGAAGACUCGGGGCCUAUCUGCAUUUCCGACCGCGUCGAAACUCGUCAUGCCCAGGGCAUCGAGGAUGCCACCAAGCUCAAGGUCACUCUUCCAAGGAAGGGAGGAAAAGAGAAGAGGGAGGCAAAUGAAUUGGUGGAGUGGGCGUGAGGAAGAGAAGGCAGGAGAGUUGGAUGCGAUGAGUUAUGGUGAGUGGGAGGCUCCAAAAGAGUAUCUUCGCUAUACAGAAGUAUUGAGCUCAGUGAGAGAGAAGCGGUGCUGGCUGUUGUUGCGGCCAACAGCGCCUCCACCAGCCGUGCACUCAACGUCUCACAUAACAGCGGUGCUCGACAUUCUCCCCUAUGUCGGAAACACUCCACAACCGUCGAGCACCAUGUACCCACCGCAUGCAGUCGCUAUCGUACACGUCAGUCCAAAUCUAAUGCCCAGACUACCAGCACCGCAAUCUCUUCUCAAGUCCAAUCACACAGCAUACCAUCCAGACGUCCCCUUUGCGAGUAGUCCCGUCCAGCUCUCCACAGACACGACCACCCUGAACAUCACUUCACGCCUACGCAGCCCGACCCAUCCACACAAACAGAAACAGCACCGACACCACCAGCAUCCCUAUCCCGCGCAUGCUCGGGCACUCGAGCAAGCAAGCACGCCAGCAAGCAGCGCAGUCCCCAUCGGGACAUUCGCUAGCAGGCGAACCUCUUUCCCUUCCUCGCCGUGUCUCCCUCUCGUUCCCAAUGCCCGACAGGCCGCACACCCGCCGCCGCUCCCCAACGCAGCAACGAUCCUCGCCCGACGGUCGUCGGGAGUUGGCUCGGCCGCGGCGAAACGAGAAGCGCCGACAGGGCGAAGCGAGCGUGCGUGCACCGCGCGUUCGACGACGAUGCAGUGCGGGCUCGCCGACUGCGACGACGACGCAGCCCUGGAGGUGACAGCUCGGCUGGCUGAGGGAGCAGCGGCAGCGUCGGCGUCGACUCGACAGGCCAUUACUGUUCGCUUGGGCGGGCCUCGCUGCCAUUCCCUCAGCGCACCCCAUCGCAUCCCAGCAUACAGACGUCCUGUCCGGGCCAACAAUGCAGGGCUCCGUCUCGUCUCGUCUCGGCGUCAGGAUCCCGUGAGCACAAACGAGCCUCUCCGUCCCCGAGUCGGCGCCCGCCCGUUCCACCGCAAGCGCAAGCGCUCCCUCGCGCACGCAUCACGAUGCCCGUUGGAAGCCCUGCGUCCCCGCCCAAUCGCGUGUCGGCGCCGAGCUUCCUCAGCUCCCGUGCGCCCAGCGCGUCGCACCGCAACCCGGGGCGCGACCAGCCAUUCCAUGACACACAGAUUGCAGUCCUCCAUCGAUCCUAUCGUUUGCACCCCUACCUCUGCCAGACACGCGCCCCGGUGCGUCGCGGGCCUCGGUGAUGAGGGGCCCGCGGGCGUGGUUGCACGAGUGCCGUGCCGCAUUGCAGCCGCAGCGCAGCAGCGCACCCCACGCUCGGCGGGCGCGCCGGGCCUUGCGGCGCAGUUGCCACGCUGUAUCACGCCCAUCCUGGUUGGUGUCUGGUACGCGAGAACGCUCGCGAGACAGCAACGGGAGGCUGGUCGUCGAUGUUUGUGCCCCCUCCGUUUUCGCCUCGUGGUAAUCUGUGCCCCUGCCAUACCUGGGACCCGACAGUGCGGAGUCGGAGUCGGAUUACGAGACACCUCGCUACGUCGAGACACACUAAGUAGUCCGGUCACUAUGCACGCGCCCGGCAUGUGCACACGGAGAUCGGUGUUUAACCCGGACAGAAGCGGUGGUCACACCCGCGACAGUGUGAGAGUCCCCCAGUAGAGAAUGACGGUAGGAGGCGAGCAACUUCGCAGGCCUCCUGUGAUCCCUACUUCUU